AUUUUCGAACGAAAAUCAAAACGUCGGCGUUUCGUUCGAUGAGCCUUCCAAUUGUUGAAAUUGUUUAUUAUUUCUUUUUUUGUUAUAAUUAAUACAAUUAUUCAUUAAAAUGGCUCGUAACAGCAAUGAAAACGAUGACGAUAAUAUAGACCCUGCGUCUGUAACAUCACACGUGAAGAGUAACUUCAAACAAGAAGUAAUAAAAGAGCUACUGAAUGGCUCAUUCCAAGACAAUAAGAGCAAGCUGGGCAAUGAUGCUCUGUCACUAGUGGUGGAGGUUGCCAAGUGCCUGGUAACAGAGACAUGUCUACGUGCGUCUAGUCAGGCACUCCGGGAGAGCUCGGACAAGGUUGACAUUGAGCAUGUUGAGAAGUGCCUGCCCCAACUGAUGCUCGACUUUCCAUAAAGAACAAUAAAGGAACCAUGUGGCCUUCUCUUCCGAGUUCUUUCCUAUGAGGAUGGUUCCUCAUUGCGCUAGACAUUCCCAUGAUUGCUGAUCAUCACUACUACAACGAUUUAUUUUAUAAUUAUUGUGUCGCAAACAUUAUUAAGAAUUAUUUUCGCGAAUGUAAUCAUGUGUGCUACCUCUUUCUUAUGUCGAAGCUGUGAAAUCACGAAAAGCAAUAAAUUUUAAUCAUAGUAAUCAA